UUUUUUAUGCGUAUUUUUUAAAAUUUUUAGUUACUUUUUAAACGUUCGUAUACAUAUAUACAUAAUGAAGGAUUCAAAUGUACUUCGUUUAUUGCGAUCUUUCGAAAAGGAAAUUCUUACUAUAAAGUUUAAUACAACUUCAAGAGAUGCGAUUACGAAACUGCAAUGAUGUGAUAAAUAUCGACGUGUCAGUAAAGGAGAACAAAUAACCUGAUUAUGAUAAAAUAAUCGAAGCAAUAUCAUGUCAAUUGUAUGGAGUGAAAUUCAAACUUUGAAAUUAGUGAUUCUUUAUAGUCGACAUGAAUGUUUGUGGAAUCCUUUUCAUCCUGACUUCAAAAAUAAACUUUGCCGCUACAAAGCAUACAAAGACAUUGUAGAUUGCAUGAAUACCUGUGAUUUAACAGUUUGUGAUUGUAUUAAAAAGAUUACCCAGAUAAGGGUGCAGUAUUGUUACGAUUUGUCUAAAAUUACUGCAGCAAUAUCCUGUGAGAAAAUAUACAAACCAAAAGCAAAUUGGUUUCCAAUAAUGCAUGAAAUACUUUUUCCAUUUAUUAAAACGUAUGGUUACAGAAAUGACUCCUGGAAGGUAUGCAACAAUGAAAGGGACCCGUUUAAAAACUAUCGCAAUAAUGAAAUAAAUGAUCAGUUAUAUUUAAAAAAAAUGCCGGGGUCUUGUAAUUGCACCCGCACAAAUUGCGACUACAGUGAGUUUGAUAAGAUGAAACCUCCUAUAAGUUCCAAGAAAUGCUGGACAGCAGUGGAAAAUAAUAAAGGAACAAGUUACUUACACUCACAAGUAACUAGAAUUAAUACCGGAUGUAAUCCAAAGGAUAAUACUACUACAGAGAACGAAAUGCAAACAGAUCUAUCUUCAUUCAAAACCAAAUGUAGAGCGUGUCAAACCUGUACAACUGACAACACAAUUGUUAUGAGUAAUUCGAAAGACUUUGUAUAUGAGAAUAAUACAACAAUAGACGAGCAAUAUAAAACAAAAAGAAAAGUUUAUGACGAAUUUGAAAUGUUCGGAAAGAGCAUAGCGUGUCAGUUGCGGAAUAUCAAUUUUGAAGUUGCGAUUAAGUUGGAGGAACGUAUACAAAACUUGAUCGCACAGGAACGUCUAAAUAAAAUAAACUUAAAAUCUAUCUCCCACAGUUUUAACGCAGCAUGUUGUAGUUCUAAUUGCAGCGAAUGCAAAGUAGUGCGUAACGAAACGGUUUGUAAAUGCGGUCUACCAGUGAUAAAAAUUCAAACUGAUGCGUCUUGUGAAUUUUAUAAACAACAAAUCUAAACUCAGUUGAUUUCAUUACCAAUAAUUUAUUAUAAUUUCCUGGCAUCUAGUGUUCCGCCUAAAGAACAAGUAUUAUUUCGGGGAACAUACGAAUAGCAACUAUAGAAAAAAAAAAUUCAAUACAAAUAGCAUAAAGCAAUGUGACAACCGUUCUCGUUCGAUGUAUUUUGUGAUCAAGUUCACUCAUGUUUCUUAACCGUUAAUUAUACAAUUAUGACAAUACACAAAAAAUUCUGAACGUGCAAAGAAUCGUAAUCCAUACCCAUGGGAAAUCACCGGGUUGAAAUACGGUCGAUAAAAACGCUGGAAUCGUCAAAAUGUCAAAAUGGAACGAAAAAUUAAUAAUGAAAUUUUUAAAAGCGUAUAAACAACAUUCUUGCCUUUGGAAUCCUUACGAUAAGGACUAUUACAAUUGCAAGGCAAAGAAUGAAGCGUUACAGAGAAUUAUCGACGACCUCGAUAUUCCCGGCUUUACUGUAACUGAUUAUUUACAACA